CGAGUGGCGGGCGACAUGUUCCAGGUCCCGGAGAGCGAGGGCGGCCGGACCGUCUCCAGCGAUGGCUGUGGAGACCCAAGCAUGUCAGACCUGCUACAGUUCUCCAAGAAAAAUACGGAGAAUGUCAUUGUGACCAGGGCUCUGUUUAUAAACAGGUGCCGAAGUCAGAUGGCUUCACCGUGUCCACCAACAAAGGCCAUGAAGCCCCCGGGAGGAGAAUCGAGCAAUCUUUUUGGGAGUCCAGAAGAAGCUGCUCCUUCAAGCAGGCCCAAUAGGAUGGCAUCUAAUAUUUUUGGACCAACUGCAGAACCUCAGAACAUACCUAAAAGGACCCAUCCCCCAGGGGGGAAAGGAAGUGGUAUCUUUGAUGAAUCGACGCCUGUGCAGAUGAGACAGCGUCUGAAUCCACCUGGUGGGAAGACCAGUGACAUUUUUGGGUCCCCAGUCGCUGCCACUUCACCCUUGGCACACCCAAACAAACCCAAGGACCACGUGCUCUUGUAUGAAGGAGAAGACCCAAAGUUGAAUCUUAAAGCUGCAAUGAGCACCUCACCCAGAGAAGAGCCUGGUGAGAAAGGCAGCCGGAGAGAAGCCGAGUGCACCCAGGAGCCCCAGCCCACACCCACGCUGGACAGCCAUGAGCCCAGGUUGGGCCCGCGGCCUCGCUCUCACAACAAAGUCCUGAACCCACCCGGAGGCAAAUCCAGCAUCUCUUUCUACUAAAAGAAGCUGCUGCUUCCCCUGUAGCCAGACAUGAAACUCAAGAGAUAGGAUUUCAAAUAUUAUAGUUUAUUUUAGCCCAAAGCAGUAGGGGUGGGGAGAGGGUCUGUUGUGUAUCUGAAGCUGCUGCUUAGGCUCCAUUGCCAUCACGAGAGCCGCAGAGGACCUCGCCUUCCAGACUGCCGAGAGACACUUCUUUGUGGGGAUAAAAUGUGACUCCCCUGGUGUACACUCACUUGUAAUUCCAGAUGUGAGGAACUCUGAGACGGGCGGGGUAGGGAGAUGGUGCAAGGCCACAGUGAGGCUUGACGAAGGGGCCUCUUCCACAUUCUUGUGUAUCAGCAAUCUGCCAGCUAAUCUGAUAUCUGGGAAUCACUAACAGCAUAGCACAGUUUAAAGCCUUUGAAAGAAAACCAGAACCACCUGUCCGUUGCUGUGGGGUAGAGGAGGAAGGCAUAAGCCAAAACACUAGCAGGGUAGGGUGGGGGCAUCUGGAUAAACCCCCUUAGAUCCUCCUGCCAUUUACCCUUCAUGGAUGCGGUUUCCAUUCCUGGGACAACUGCUGCUAAAUCCCAGUGUCUCCUUUUCACUUCAGCCCCAUGGUAUUGUUCUGCAGUCUUUUCUCGAAACAUCUUCAUUGCUUUUCCUCAGCAGCUGUCAACAAAAACCAAAAAGUUGUUCUCAGCCUAUGCUUUCUAGAAAGAUUGUGUACCCUGAUCCUCUGAGAUGCCCAUUUCUGCCGUCUAACACCUCGGCCAGAUCUUACAGAGGAUUCUCUGCCUUUCAUUCACAAAGGACUGGUUUUGGUCUUUUUAAGGCUGUUUUGCUUGUGAAUUGUUCCCUUUUUGCUCAUCAACCUUAAGUCUAGGCCUUUGCUCCUUACCAAUAAUGUGGGCAGUUCCUUUCAUAAGCUGUCUGACAAGGCCCACUGACUCCUGCAAGACUUUAAAACUCUCCAGACAUAUCCAGGUAAUGGGGUUAUUUAAAUCCUUCGUAUGUGUUACUUGAUUCCUGUUGACAGUGGGAAGAAGAGAUACCCCAGAACCUUGGGUUCUUAGGUUUGAAUUCUUUAAUAAUAUCUAAAGAGCUAUUCUAAAAUAUCAGCUUUACAUAAGUGACUGUUGACUCUGGUCUGUUUCUGACACCUUUCUAGAAAAAAGUCAGUUGCUCAGGUAUACCAAAGAGGAAGAAAAGUUUGCUUACGCUUUAUAAAGCUUUGCAGAAUCUCUGGACCAUAUUCAUAGUUUCCGGAAGAGACUUUGAGACCUUAGGCCAGGAGAUUAAGUAGUUUGGCAGCAGAAUCUUAAGUGGCCAAUUCCAUGAUAUUUGCCAGCAAAGAUACUUGCUUCCAAUUUGUUCCAUGCAGGCUCUAAAGGGCUACAGUCUCAAUUCCUACACUUCACUCAUGUUGGACCAACAGUUCACAGGAGAGGAUUUGGGUGGUGGUAGCUAUAGGUAUGAGUGCCUACAAAGCUAAUGCCAAGUGCUAGAAAUAUCUUCAUCAUUAUUAAAAUUUCGAAAAGCAACAGCUGUGUUUAGUUGCACUCACAGUGGCCCAGACACUUAAGUGCCUACAGGUGCUGCCUGCCAAGCCCCACUUCUCACACCCAGUACAUUGAGGGGGUCUGCAUGUGGCUUUGUCAACCAAAGACAGUUGUCCUUUCAACUGCCCUCUGACUUUGGAGCCAAGAAACACUCAUUUUAUGUGACUCUAUCAAGUACUUCCUGUCUCCAUCCUUCAAAUGGUCAUUUACAAGCAAGUUUUUGGAAUUCAGAGGAUUUUUUACCCAUUAAAAAAUGUUAUAAAUGGUUAGCUUUUAAGCCCAAACACACUAACUUGUUUAACUUAAAAUGUUCUGAUGGUAGAAAUGAACUCCCAUUUAUAACUGUUUUGUUGUGGUUUUUUACUGUACAAGAAAAUGAUUUGUGAAUUCCAAAUUGGAUUGCCAAGAAGAACCCUGCAUUGUGGUGCUGGCCCUUGUGGCUUCAUCCCACCCUCACUGUCAGCCAGUGGGAGGAAGAGCGCUCCAGUUCUGUCCACUGGCAGGGAUCUCGGUGGAGAUGGGAGAAACCUGAGAUGAGAAUGAGGAAAACAUGAACACAGAAAGAGCUUCUGGGCAGCAGUGACAGAACUCCCUGUGUCGCCGCCCCCCCCCCCCCCUUGUUUCUCUUCCUGAGACCCCAGCAGUGGGUUAGAGUGCCUGACUAGUCUGGUCACUGGGAGAAGCAGAAGAGGAGUUUCUGCUCAGGUGAGCCCGAUGGGGGUAAUCAUUUGUAUUGGGAAAAUGCUCUGUACACUGGGGACUGCCUGUGUUUGGAUGAUUCAUUAACUCUUAGCAUCCUGUUAACCUCUAAGCUGCAUUGAGAAAUUACUAGGUUGUAUUUUUAUUAAGCCUUAAAAUUUUUUUAUGUGCAUUUGGUGCCAACUUUUUUCUGGAGCUGUAUCAAAACACCAAACCUGUACACACUUGCAAUGUAAUUUUGAUAAGAACAUUUUAUUAUUUUUACAAGGCAGAAUUGGGUAUAACAGUUGAAUUAAACUUAGCAAUCAUGUA